CAGUCACAAAAUAUAAAUUUUAUUUUUCUCUGAAUAAUAGUGUCACUCCACUAUCACCACUGUCGCAAACUUCAUAACCGUUGAAGUGCUACGUCUGAGCCGUCUGAGUGUAUUGGUAUUCGGUAUUUGAUAUUCGCCUACGCCGCGCAUGAAGCAUGUAAUGGCCUAGUCCUAACACCGCAGGUUGCCGCCGCCGCUGUAGCCGCCGCCGCCAUCGAUGUUGUCGCGUAUUGAUUACGGCGCGCCGCGUUCCCGCCACCACCAGGAUGCAGUCACACCGAUGCACCUUGCUCCUACAGGAUCCUACAAAAUAAGUAAAACCAGUUUCUUAUUUAUGAAAAAAAAACUGAUUUACUUUGCAGCAAUGCAAGCGUGCGUUGAAUGCGUCCAAAUGGACUAGCGAACAGUACGAGGCCUCGCGCCUUAAAAACGUAGGUAAUUGACACCGCCGCGCCGUUAACUUAAGAUCCCAUAAUUACAAACACUGCAAUGUAUUUAGUUUUGCAUAAUGCAUAGUUAUCGUUUAUAAAUAAAUAAAUAUUUCCAACACACACUCACUCUGUUUUCAACUAGUGAUUUGUUGCCAUCUCCUACCGUUCGUUAUAACCAACGCAAAAAAAAUGCAACUAAUGUACGAUUUUUUAGGCAGAGAAUGAAGGCCACACUUGAAUUAGUGUGGCCAUUCAUAGUCAUUAUCUUUGGUGAAUUUUCUUUAACAGAUAUCGUUUACAUCUUCCUCGUAGUGUUCAUUUUAGCUUGAGAAACAGAAAAAUAGGUGAAGUCAUAUUAGUAAAAAUUAUAAAUGUCUUUGUUACGAUUUUCGUUAAUUUCUUAUACAUUAUAGGCUUCGCAAGAGUGGUGAAGACCGCUAGCCUAGCACCCUUAGGCACCCUUAGUGCUAAAUCAUAAAGUAUUAAACAUAAACUAUUCUUCGCUAAUAAUGCAAUGCGUAAAAUGUAGGAAAUAAAAUUUUGUUUAAUAAAUUACUAUGGCAUAUUGAUGCGUUUUCAACGGAUAUUCUUGUGCAAACGUCUCAAUAUUCCUUUUCAAAGUUUCUCUUUCUCUGAGAAAUUCAUAGUUCCUGUAUUAAUGUGAUGCUCUACGUAACGUUCCGAACAACACAACACGAUUUUGACUGAUUCAGCAAAGUCUAGACGUACUAUUUUGUAAAAGUUUUAUUCAGGGUGCAGCAAAUUACCCCACCCCACCUGCCUUCAAGUGUGCAGGAGUCCAGUCACAUAAAUAGCCGAGGUAGCAGAAAAAUGUGCCGAUCCGAUCAUCUUCACCUGCCAUGCCGGAAUCCAAACUUCUACCCCGCGUAUAAAGUCCUGAAACCUUAUUAAUCGCUAGAAACACCACAUCAUUAAAAAGUAUUAUUUGUAUUGCGCUUUUUGAUGAUCUGAAGGAGACAACAUGUUUUAGCAAUUUUAACGAAUUUGUUUUGAGAUGUGCUUUAAAUUGAAAACUCAUAUAGGUACCAAUUUAAAUGAGAAAGCUGUUUGAAGUUUUUAUUUGAGUCUCAACAAAGUACCCCAUCCCGCUUGACAUUCAGAGCUCCUAUUCAGAAGAAAAUCCGAUAUGCCCUAUGUUAUGUAUGCUAUCUCUUGCUUGGGUUAUUAUAAAAAAAAAAAAAAUAACAUUGGUGUCCCAUAUCGCAGUUGCACGGUGUGAUGUGUCGUUGCUUAUGCAAAGCGCAGGCGCGCUGCACCCCACAGUGCACCCUAUGCGUGUCCCGGUGCCCUUCCCGGCGGCGUGGAAACUUUCACUCCUGCCGCUCCUGCGCUAUCGAUGAAACACAUUAUUUACGUCGAGUUUCCUUCCGCUGAUGCGCCAUUGAUUGGUUCUCUUAACCAACUUUUAACUUUUAAGUUAACUUUUUCAGAAACGGAAACUAUUUUUUUUAUUUAUUUUUCUAAUUGUUUGAGGGAUUUUUUAUCAAAAACACAGAUUAUAAUUGUUUCUUAUGUUUAGGCACACCAGUCAUUUAAUUUUGUAUUCUUCACUAAGUUGGAAUAGAGUUAGAUAUUAGCUUUUAGCUUGUUAGCAGCUGAAGUAACAAUAACAAUAAUAAUAUUUAUUUGUAAAAGUUGUACAUGGUAAUAUUCUUAUAAAUAUGAUUAAACUAAGGCCAUUAUUUCGCACAUAGUACAUAUAGAUAUCCUCAGCCAAACUAGGAAGUUCAUCCUGUAUUUUGGCUACAGCGCCUUUCUCUCAGUUGCAAUGUAGCUAUACAAAAACAUAAGUACUUACCUAAUGUUCUUACGGUAAUCAAUAUUACAGAACGGCAUUUUGUACGGGAAGAAUAUAAAGUCAUUUUUUUUGUAAAAUAUAUUUCAUUAAUCAAAGUAAAGUACCGUUGUUAUAUUUGCACUUUUGCCAUUCCAUAGGUAGUUUAUUGGUCCCUUUACUAAAAAAAACCAUAUUCUUUGAAGGCGGUUUGGACUGCCGCAUCGGAGUUGAAAUUUUUUCCUUGUAAAAAGUUGUCCAAAUUCCGGAAAAAAUGGUAAUCUGUUGAGCAACGUCCGAGGAGUAUGUCACGGACAUUCCAAUUGUAGCUUAUCUAACUUAGUGGUUCUUUGUUGUGCAAUGUGUGGUCUUGCGUCAUUGUGAAGCAGCAGUAGCCUAAAGCGAUCGACCAAUCUCGAUUGUUUAGCAGCUAGUUCUUCCUUCAUGGUUUGUUGUUGCUGAUAAUAGAUAUCUGCCGUAAUCGUUUGGCCAGAUUAUAGAAAGCUGUAGUGAACGAGACUGGCGCUAGUCCACCAAACGCUCACAAGUAACUUUUUCUGAGUCUAUUUUGUUUAGGACAGGAUUUGGCUGGGUCUCCAGGGUUCAGCCAUUGCGACGACCGCUUCCAAUUAUCGUACAGUAACCACUUUACAUCACAUGCAAUGAUUUUAUUUAAAAUCCCUUCAUUAUUGUGUCGGUUGAGCAAAGUAACACAGCAGUCGACGCGUGCUUGCAAGUUCGAUUCACUCAAUUCAUAAGGUUUUUACUUUCCCGAUUUGCUACAAGUGAAUUAAUACAGUUUCGUCACUUACCCCGAAGCCUACAGCUAUCUCUGAAGUGCUUUGUGAUGGAUCAGCUUCCACUAUAGCCUUUAAUUUUUCAUUUUCCAUUUUGACCUCCGGCCGUCCACGGGCUGGUUCUGAAGGUCGAAAUUUUCAGAACGAAAACAUUGAAACAAAAAACGUACCGUGCUUUCUUUUGCGACUCCAGCGCCGUACAUAAAAUUAAUCCUGCAGCACUGGUGCCCCGGUAGAACUCGUAUUCGUAAAUAUACCGAUAUUUCAUGUUUUCCAUUGUGCGGUAAUAAACUAACAUUAAAAGUACCUAUUACGCAAUAUCAAUCAGAAUUAAGGGUUAAAUUGAUAACCUCCUCUUUUGAAGUCAAUCGAUUAAUCUAUAAGUAAUAAAAAAUGGCGUUCGGGUUUUGAAAAUAUAAAAGCAAAGAAGUUUUUGCAAUCAGACAUAGCGUUCGGUUCAUUGAGACUUGUCGCCAAAAUAGAUGGCUGCCAACCGUGAGUCAGUGGCAGUGACCCGCGCUGCACCACCCACCCCCGCCCGGCCGCCCUACUUUGCCCGCCCACCCUGGUGAUGAUACACUAUAACAUAGCAUUUAGAAUCGUAUUCAGUGGAAUAAUCAUACACAAUUACAUAUGAAAUUGCUUUCGACAUUUGAUGAAAGAAAUGUUUUUUUAUAUCAAGUUUCACCGGCUUAACCUUUACUCCUUUAUUAAUAAAUGCAGAAUAAACUUAGAUUAGUUAAUGCAUGUUUUGUCUUUGUUCGUUGAAAGACAAAUGGCAUUUCAGUGACAUGAAAAAAACACGACGUAACUAGUCUAAGCUUAUUCCUUGUUUACUAAUAAGGGGUUUAAGUUUUAAUAAAGAAUAAAAAAAACAAGUUUUUGAACUUUGGCCACCAUGUGCCUUUUUUUGAGUUGCCGAUAUUGUUUUUUGAAUUACACAUUGUUCUAGAAAAUUGUUUGUUGAACAAUUAUCUAAACUGAGUAUUUUAUUCGUUUAACUAUCAAACACAUUAUUUAAUCAAUUAGUAUGUUAAUUCGCACGUGCCUGUAUCGAGAUACAGGCACGUUCUUUGGUAAUAAAUUCGUGUAAUAUCUCUGAAUCGCGAUAAAUUUCUGUUCUCCUCAACGAACAGAAACAUAUGCUAUCUACUAGAUGGCUAUCAAUGCUUAUCGGCGGGCGUGCGAUGGUCAAGAUCGAUUGCCUAUCUGCGGAAGGUGAUAACAAUUAGGUACGUUUAACUCUAAUAAAACAGAAACAACAUUGACCGACUGCACCCUCAGAUGUAACACAACUGCAAUUUGUUUUAUGCAAACACAUCUACUAGGUAUACCGACAUACUCUAUACAUACAUACUAUUUGGUAUCAAAUUUAUUCAGUCUACAAAAUAUAUUUAUUGAAAAGAUUAUUUCAAAGAUGGGAUUUUUUAAUUAAUUGACAAGCUUUAUGAUACAUUUUUUAUUAUUCUAGCUAGUAACAUGACCUCGCUUCCCUUAGCUUUUUCUAAAUAAAAUAUGGUGUAUAUUAUAAUACACAUAAUUCUUCCGUGAGAAAAAUUAGAAACUAAUUGUGAUACCACCGUGGAACGGGAAAAAAAUUUCUCCCGCAUGAAAAUCCGUUCAAUAGUUUUUGAUUUCGUCUUUAUUCUUCGUCUAUAAGGUAGAAUAUCAAGAAGGUAGUAAGGUAUAGGACACGAUUUUUUCUUUAUUCACAAAAUCAAAAUAAUACAGAUAUAUAUAGAUUUGAAAUAUCGCAUGACGUCACGUCUUGGUAAUUUUUUACUUACAAGUGACGUCACGAGCCCCUACUCCCAAACUUUGAAGUGCUUUAUCUUUGUCAUUCUUUGGUUGAUUGACAAAAGAAAAAAUAUGUGUCCAUAAUUUUUUGAUAAUCUAACUGAAGGACUAAAUAGAAUUUUGUUUACUUUAUCCCGACGUCAUGCCUGGGGACUAUUUUAUAUUAGAAGUCUUUGAGAAGCAAGAAGACUAAGUCAGACUUUUCCGUUUUUAAGAGUUUUAGGGUUCCGUAUCAAAAGAGUGGUAACAGAAUCCAUUGAUCAUAAGCGGAGGCUUAGUAAAAUCAAAGCAACCGCCAUCUGCGUCUGUUUGUCAGCAGGUCGAGGUACAUAAGACUUCUAUCACUGAACACAUCACUUCUAUCACUUCUAUCAGUGUCCUUCUGACUACUUUCUAUGUUGUGCUUCUAUCUUAGGAGUUUAAUGGGACAGUGGCUAGUGCAUUCGGUCUGCGACGAAAAAAUUAAGUAACUUUCACAAUUGACUUAACUUUUUAAGAACGUUUUGAAUUUUGUUUUGUCAACACAAAAUUCAGCCCAGUUCAAGUCAGACUCGCACACAGGGGUUUCUUAACAUUAUAUAAGGUUGAUAAAAUUUACAAUUUUAAUUAAGCCGUUGCACUCGUUUUUUAAAAUCAACAUAGUUUUGUGUGCUCUUCAAAACACAAAGGAACUCGGGAUAUUAUGCAAUGGUACAAAUUAUAGUUUUGGUACAGCAAAUAUCUAUCGGCUAUGGCGGCCGCUUGCCAUUAGGCGGCUGUAAGCUUACGGCCACUUUCAGCAUGAUAAAAUACUUUAUUUCAUCUAGGAAAUAAUUUUCUUUUAAGUUUAUUUAUACGGAGCUAUAUGUUGCCUGUACAAUAUAAGAUUUCAACAAUAAAGGAAAAGUAACAAUAAAAUUUGCAGUAGUGCAAUAGAAAAAGAUAUUGCAAGCUGUUGUCGAGCGUUGUGUUCGAGUGCAGUGUACUCGAGCAAAGGUCAGAGUUAAGGUUAAAGUUGAUGUUGGAUGGGCGUUGCAACGGCGUCGACGGCUUGGGCGGGCGGUGCAGGCAGGGCGCAGGGCGAGACACCUGAGGGCGGGGGCGCGGUGCGGCGCGGGGCGCUCGUGCAGAUUCACUUUCGUCCGGCCACGGUCGCCCGACACGCCAGUGAGAGAAAGUUAGCCGCGCUGAGCGAACGACUCUCGCGCCCAGCCAGCGGGAGCGGCGUGCCGCGCACGCACGAUCCGACCGGUGCCGGAUUUGCCGUCCUUGCAUUUCCCAUGCAUUGCCAGUAAACAAAUGCACUCGUAUAAUGUUCAUGUAAAUGAGACUUGUCGCUGAAGAUUUCCGCAUUAAAUGUGUAUUUUACAAACGAUGCGUAGACACUUCGUAGUAUUCGUUUUCUGAGUUUCACAUAGACUGAGAUAGGACUUUUGUGAAAGAACUAUGCAGUGCUACCCAAAGUUGUCGCCUAAGCGCGAGCCGGCUGACGGCGGAUAUGAGGAGGUUCUGCCGGUUCUGCGCCGCGUGGAGCUACCGGCACCGCCGGGCAAGGAGUUUAGGGCUCCCGUGUUGCUGGGGGCUCCAGCGCCCAUGCCCACGCACUCGGUCAUACAGUGCAUGCGCCCGCCACCGCCGCCGCCUCCUCCACCACCGCCUCGUCUCCAUAAACCACCCUCCUUCGAGGAACCAUCCAGCUCCAUUCCAGAUUUAGAGUUCGAUGGUACCACAGUACUGUGCCGCGUCUGCGGCGAUAAAGCCAGUGGAUUCCACUAUGGCGUUCAUUCCUGUGAAGGCUGCAAGGGUUUCUUUCGGCGGUCCAUACAACAGAAGAUACAAUACAGGCCCUGCACGAAAAACCAGCAGUGCUCCAUACUUAGGAUUAACAGAAAUCGGUGUCAAUACUGCCGGUUGAAAAAAUGCAUCGCCGUCGGCAUGAGCAGAGAUGCUGUCCGGUUCGGACGCGUGCCAAAGCGCGAAAAGGCGCGAAUCCUUGCUGCGAUGCAGCAGUCAUCGUCGUCACGGGCGCAUGAACAGGCCGCGGCUGCGGAGCUCGAUGACGGGCCCCGGCUGCUGGCCCGCGUAGUCCGCGCGCACUAUGACACCUGCGAGUUCACCAGUGACCGCGUCGCCGAGAUGCGGGCGCGAGCUCGUGAUUGUCCCACCUAUUCACAACCCACUUUGGCCUGUCCACUAAACCCUGCGCCAGAACUGCAAUCGGAGAAGGAAUUCUCCCAGAGGUUCGCCCACGUAAUACGUGGAGUGAUCGACUUCGCUGGCCUCAUCCCUGGAUUCCAGCUACUCACGCAAGAUGACAAGUUCACGUUACUAAAAAGCGGACUCUUCGACGCGUUGUUUGUGCGCCUAAUCUGCAUGUUUGAUGCGCCAUUAAAUAGUAUAAUAUGCCUAAAUGGACAGCUUAUGAAGCGCGACUCCAUCCAGAGCGGUGCCAACGCUCGGUUUCUUGUGGACUCAACUUUCAAAUUCGCAGAGCGAAUGAAUUCAAUGAACUUAACUGAUGCCGAAAUCGGCCUCUUCUGUGCAAUCGUGCUCAUCACUCCUGACCGACCCGGUCUUCGCAACAUUGAACUAGUAGAAAGAAUGCAUGCGCGGCUCAAGUCAUGCCUACAAACAGUCGUAGCACAAAACAGACCAGAAAGGCCUGGAUUUCUUAGGGAAUUGAUGGAUACCCUUCCCGAUUUAAGAACUCUUAGUACACUUCAUACAGAAAAGCUCGUCGUAUUCCGCACAGAACACAAAGAAUUGCUAAGACAGAAGAUGUGGGGCGACGAAGAAGGUGUCUUAUGGGCAGAUUCUGGAGCUGAUGAAUCGGCAAGGAGUCCUAUUGGCUCAGUAUCCAGCAGCGAGUCUGGCGAAACAGCUGGCGAUUGCGGCACACCUCUACUGGCCGCUACUCUAGCAGGACGCAGACGGCUUGACUCACGAGGGUCCGUCGAUGAAGAAGCUCUCGGUGUAGCACAUCUUGCACACAAUGGUCUCACAGUCACACCAGUGCGUCCUCCUCCUCGCUAUCGUAAGCUCGACUCGCCUACAGACUCUGGCAUCGAGUCUGGCAAUGAGAAACAUGAAAGAAUAGUUGGGACAGGUUCUGGCUGCUCCAGUCCACGCUCGUCACUCGAGGAUCAUCCCGAGGAUAGACGACAACAGAUCUCAGGGCCCGCUGAUGACAUGCCCGUUUUGAAACGUGUCCUCCAAGCGCCCCCUCUUUAUGACGCCAGCCUAUUAAUGGAUGAGGCAUACAAACCACACAAGAAAUUCCGUGCUAUGCGCAGAGACACAGGGGAGGCGGAAGCGCGGCCAGUGAGGCCGACACCGUCACCGCAGCCGCAGCACCCGCAUCCUGCGAGUCCGUCUCAUCCAGCGCACUCUCCUCGCCCCAUGCGCGUUUCGUUAUCAUCAACACACUCGGUGCUGGCAAAAAGCCUGAUGGAGGGUCCAAGAAUGACCCCCGAGCAGCUGAAGCGCACCGACAUCAUCCAGCAGUACAUGCGACGAGGCGAGACGGCGGGCGAGUGCCCUGCGCGCGCUGGCCUGCUGGCGUGCUACCGUGGCGCGUCGCCGGCGCCUGCGCCCGUGCUAGCGUUGCAAGUAGACGUAGCGGAGGCGGACGCGCCCCAGCCGCUCAACCUCUCCAAGAAGUCGCCAUCGCCGUCACGCCCCUACAUGCCGCAGAUGCUGCCCGCGUGAGCCCGGCCCGCGGAGCCGCACGUCUCCGCCACCCCACCCCGACCUACAUUAAAUUAAAUGAAGAACACUAGUUAAUAAUAAUCGUUCGCAGAUCGUUUUAAUAUAUUAUAUGUGAUAAUUCGUUUAGGAAGUGUGCGUGCGUGGCCGGCGCCGGACGAGGAGAGCCCAUACAGACUGAAAAUAAUUUAAUUAAGACUAUAAAUAAUUGUAAGUGUAAUUUAUAAUAAUGCAAUGGAGCGCCGGUCGCGGUAUGUUUGUGUGUGUAUCGUAUGUGCGUAUGUGAGCGUGCUCAGUCAUUUGUUUGUUAAUAUAAAUAAUGACAGGUUGUCGAAUUAAAACAAACUUGUAAAAAUUGCUUCUGAUUUUUAUUUCUCAUAUUCCUCAUAGUGUUAUCAAUGUUACCUUGGAUACAGUAAGAAAAAAGAUUCAUUGGUAUCAUUAUAAAAAGAGGUUUUGAAACAGGAUAAUUAUUAACCUACAGUACAUAAAAUAAAGCGAGUAUACCAGUUCAAAUAUUUCAUUAAGGAAAAUAUUAGUUAAAAUCACAAUACAAAAAUCAGUACCAUUUACUUUUUGAGUACAUUAAAUUAUACGUAUAAUGGAACUACCAUUAAACUACUACUAAUCAUUAUCAUAAUAAUUCAAUUAUCAUAAUGAUGAAUGAAAUUUAAAUUAAAAAAAUGGACAAAGCAACAGCAUAACUUUAUUGUGUACCAUAUAAAAUAUACUGCGUACGAUUAAAGUGCGUGACUCACAGAAGUAACAAAUAGACAGUUUGUAUCAAAAUAAAGAAGAUACUGCAUCUGUAAAGUCUAUAAAAAUUAUCUUUGGUAAAUUCCUAGCUCUCUUACUCUGAGAUGAUUAUUUAUUGUCUGUUGGUGGCACAAGUUACAUUUCCAGACUUACCAGUAAGUCACUUCAAAUGAUAUGAAUAUUAUACAAAUGCAGAACAAAUGCAACAAUUGAUUGCAGAAAUCAUAACAAAUCCAAAUACCACUGUCCAGGAAACUGAUAUGCGAGAGGAAGUAAUUGAAGGAGGUCACAAAUUACAUUAACAAGGGCAUAAGCGUCGUCUUUAUCUUUCUACUCAAAUGCAGACCACGUGUCUUCUUGAAUGAAAACCUUCGCUAUAUGACCUAGGUUUAUUAAAUGAGCAUAAAAUAUAAUGAGUUUGCGACUAUCUGGAGUGCCAAUAUAGUUUGGCUGCCUCUAUGUUUGAGACUUUGAGCCAAACGAUGAGGUACACACAUUGGGCUUAUGGAAUAAAAUCGACUGCACAAUUUUUUGUGUGGUGUGUGGUUAUCGGUGCAAGGUGGCAGAAGGGCGAUCGGUCGACGACCCUCGAUGCUUCCGCGCCCGCGGCCGCUGCCGCUUCCAGCUGACCCCAGAGCCACGGCCGCGGGCCGUUCCGCGUUCUCAAUACUGCCGCUAUGCUCGGUGACCAUUAAGGUUUCUAGGAAAUAAAACAACUGUAAGUAGGGAAUUGUUUUAUGAGGCUGAUCGUUUUCAUGAAAGGAGAACCAUCAUAAAACUGAAUUAUAAAUGAAGAAACUUAAAUAUUUAAGAUAAAAUACAUUAGGCACAGUAGGUAAGUAACGUAACAAGUUUACUUUUAAAAUCAAUUCUCUCUUUAUAAUCAUUCCCUCAGUACUGAGGAUCGUCAUCAUUUAAUUUGGCAGGUUUUAUACUUGCCUCCAACCGUCUCCUUACAUGAUUGCUCUCACUGCCAGAUGUAACUACUCCCACUUGAUCCACCUAGCUGGCUAGUGACACCGAGUUCUCUUGCCCUCUACUACAACAACGACUACUACUACUACUACCAGCUUUUAUUAGCUACGACCAGCAAAAACCAUCUCGCCCUUUUCGCAUUACGUGACUAAACUGUGGAGUUUGAAACGAAAUUCAAUGAAAGUAAAUGGAAUCAAAGUUGACUUAUUAAAUAUUAGAAUGCUUGCAAGCUUUUGCCCGCUUAUUAGUAAACGAAGUAAGGCUUUACUCACAUCACUCAAAUCAAAUGAUUUUUAAGCUGUGGUAAACAGAGACAUAACGCUAUUUAUGACGCAAAUAAAUAAUACCAGCAAUAAUGUUUAUGAUCUAGUACCAUGGUUUUAAUUUAUCAUAUCUCUGAAUUUCUCUUGAAACCAGGAUAUUCAAGCCAAUAACAAGAUUGCAGUCAGACUUUGGAAAUUUCAACUUUCAUGGACCAACGGAAUACGUGAUUUCUGAAUCUGCUCCAUAUCUAUACUAAUAUUAUGAAGCUGAAGAGUUUGUUUGGUUGAAUACGCUAAUAUGAGAAAAUAAUAGUCCGAUUUGUUUUUUUUUCUUGUAUUGGAUAGUGCAUUUAUCUAGGAAGGCUAUAGACUGUACAACAUCACGCUACGACCAGCAGGGCGGUGCAUCGACGAAAAAUGUUGCUAAAACGGGGAAAUAAUAUUCCUUUGCGUGCUUCCGCUGCGUGCGCUGCGUAAAUGGUGAAAGUUACAAUUCCGACACAAAAACAUAUAGGUAUGACGGAAUUGUCUAUUUAAAAGUUUAUAUGUUAUAUAUAAACCGUCUUUGAAGUUUAACUCACUGUAACCUUUUUCCUCAAAUUAACCAUACUCGUCAUAUAUUGAGAAGCUCGAUGGCGCAGGUGGUUAGCGCGUUCGGCUGCGAUC